GACAUGGAAGUCGAAUCGGUGUGAGUCGAUCACGUCCUGAUUAUGCAGGUUGACUAGACUACGCGCUGUUUCUGGGUGUUUGCCGCUUGAGCUGGUGCCUCUCUCUGGGCGACGGUGUUCUAGAACUUCCGGUGCGGCCGACACGGCACAGAACAGUCUUGUUCCUCCGACAGAGGAGGGGGCACUCGACGUGUGAGCGAGCAAGGUGCAGAAGCUGGACUCAAGAUUGCGUGCUUUGUUGGUUUGUACGACACGAAGUGAGCGUGGGCUGGUGUUCCGAGUGUGCGGCGUUUUGGAAGAUUGUCGGUGGAGGUGCCGAGUCGGUAGUCGACUGACGAUUGACAUCAAAGCGAAUCUAGAGCCUCGGCGGGACGCGUAGACGCGCACGUUGAUCCACUCAGAAGAAGCGAUGGCGUCCGCCGUCAUGAGCUCUGUGAGGAAGGAUGAUUUCUUCUUCAAGAAUCCUAGGGAGCUUUUUAUGCUCUUCUCAGGCGGAGAGGUCUCACUGCAGAAGCCGAAGCCGGACCCCGUUCCAGAGGUUGCGAAGGAGACGGUCCCGUUGACAGUGACAUCCUCUUCAGCUGAGGACACGGUGUUGACGAACCAUCCGUCGCUGCUGGGAAAGGUCCCCAUCCUCGGGAAUCUAUUCGACACCAGACCUGCGAAUAGCCACGACGUACGGCUACAAAUUUCGGUCGUGCUCAUGAGAUCCACUUUCGCCGGCCUCGAUGUCGGAAACCUCUUGGGCGACCUCCGCGAGUUGGGACAGGAGCUCAUCAAAAAUCAAGUCACCUUGCAACUCGUCAGCAAUGACGUCGAUCCUGCGACUGGCUCUGGAAGGGUGAGUAAGUCGGUGACCUUCGAACAAUGGACGCAGCCUAGGAACCUUUUGAUACCGAAGUUGUUCUGUUUCAACCUGGAUUGUUUUGUAUCGAGGAACUUUGGUACCCCGGGGGCGAUCAUCCUGCACAACGGACACAAAAACCUUGUGCUCCCGCAGCUCAACAUCACCACCGAGUUCAAGAUCACCAAAGCGCAGGUUACUAUGCCCGACCGCAGAGUCGUCACUUUCCUCUGCGAUUCGUGGGUGUACGCGUCCGAGAAGGACAAAGGUGGUCGGAUCUUCUUUGCCAAUAAGGUGUAUACACCUGCUCAGACUCCCCCCGGCUUGAGGAAGUUGAGGAAGGACGAGCUGAAGGAGUUGCAAGGGGAUGGAACAGGAGAGAGGAAGGAAUGGGAAAGAAUCUACGACUACGAUGUUUACAAUGACUUGGGGACGCCGGAGGAACGUCGACCGAUUCUCGGGGGGUCGGCGGAGUAUCCGUACCCGCGCCGCUGCCGCACUGGCAGGAUGAUGAACCCAGAUGGAGUGACAGAGACCCUUCCGAAAGGUAGCCUGACGAACAAUUACAUUCCCAGAGACGAACAGUUUGAUGACGUCAAGAAAUCUGGGUUUCUCGGCACCAGCCUCAAGGGGAAGAAGCACCAGCUCAUCGCCAACUUGGGCUCUCACGACGAGGAUUUCCGGAGCUUCGACGAGGUGCGGCAGCUGUACGUGCCGCUUGGGCAGGAGUCCUCGGUGCAGGAGCUCAUCAGCAACCAGCAGCAGCCGUUCGAGCUCAUUCGCCAGUUCGCAUUCGCCUCUGGUGACAACAAGAACGUGUUCAAGUACCCCACGCCGAGAAUCAUCGCUGCUGACAAGGAUGCCUGGACCGAAGACGUCGAGUUCGGUCGUCAGGUUUUGGCCGGCAUGAACCCCAUAGUGAUCGAAGCUCUCAAGACAUUUCCACCCUACAAAGACAUGGCCGCCACCGCCGAAAUGGUGCAGCCUCACCUGGAAGGGCUCACCGUCCAGGAGGCCUUGCGGCAGAACAGGCUGUUCGUGCUGGAUUACCGAGAACGGUUACUCGGCUACAUUCAGCGCAUCAAUGACCUGAAAUCCACUCAAGCUUACGCAGCCUGGACGCUCUUCUUCCUGACCGAGGAAGGGACGUUGAAACCCGUUUGUAUUGAGUUGUCUCUUCCAGGAGCGGAAGGAGGUAGCCCGAAGUCCCGGGUCUUCCUCCCUGCCAAGGCGGGCGCAGCGAAGAACUGGGGAUGGGAACUUGCAAAAGCGCACGUUCUAAGCAACGAUGCUUCAUUCCACCAAGUCAUCAGCCACUGGUUGCGGACCCACGCCGUGAUCGAGCCCUUCAUCAUCGCAACCAACAGGCAGUUGAGCAUCAUGCAUCCGGUGCACAAGGCUCUCGUCGCCCACUUCAAGAAUACCAUGGACAUCAACCAGUCUGCGCGCAAGUCGCUCAUUUGCGCCCAGGGAAUCGUAGAGCAGACCUUCACUCCCCAGAAGUACGCUCUCGAAAUCUCAUCAAAAGUCUACGCUGGAUGGCGUUUUGUCGACGAAGCCCUUCCCAAUGACUUGAUCAAGAGGGGAAUGGCGGUGCCUGACGCAAGUGCUCCGCACGGGCUGAGGCUGGUGAUCGACGACUACCCGUAUGCCAAGGAUGGACUGGAGCUCUGGGCCGCAAUCCGUGGAUGGGUCAAGGAGCACAUCGACCUCUUCUACCCCGACGACAGGGCGGUUCAAGCCGACGAGGAGCUUCAAAACUGGUGGACCGAACUGCGAACGAAGGGCCACGCCGACAUAAAUGAAGGCUGGAUCGAGGCAGACUCGAAGGACAAUCUGGUGCAGAUCGUCACAACUGUUGCUUGGGUCGCCUCGUGCCAUCACGCUGCCGUGAACUUUGGCCAGUAUCUGUACGCCGGGUUCAUGCCCAACCAUCCCGCCAUGACGCGCAAGCUCAUCCCUGAGGAAGGCACCCCGGAGUGGGAGGCUAUGCAACAGAACCCAGAGAAGUAUCUGCUGUCCAUGCUCGCCAAUGCCGUCAUGACCAAACUGAACAUGACCACCAUCGAGAUCCUCUCCACGCACUCCUCCAACGAGGAGUACCUGGGAGAGCGUGGCGACAACUGGACCGACGACGAAAGGGUCAAGGGCGUGUUCAAGAGAUUCAGCAAGAGAGUCGACGAGAUAUGCAACCUCAUCCAGGGAAGGAACGCAGACCCCAAGAACAAGAACCGAAACGGUCCCGUCAAAGUUCCAUACGAGCUCCUGUAUCCGAAAUCUGGCCCUGGGCUCACAAACAAGGGAGUUCCCAACAGCAUCUCCAUCUAGAUGCCUCCAUGUGCAUAUUUACGAAUGCGCAGACAAUGCAUUCAGUCGACAGAAGGGAGCGCUAACGCCGAUCCGCCGGGUGCAGCAUUUCCCGCGUCCUAGUACAUACCGGCAGAAAGUUCCGGGCUCUCACUCAGUUUAGCGGCGAGUCACUCAGCACUGCAAACUUCUUGUAAUUACCAUCUGCGUGAGAAAUACCAAGCUACGAAAAAUCCUUUACGUU